AUGAUGAUUCACACUGGUGAAAAGCCGUUUUCAUGUGUGAACUGUGGAAAAAGUUUUAGUGAAAAAAAGGCAUUAACUCGGCACCUGAGGAUUCACACUGGUGAAAAGCCGUUUUCAUGUGUGAACUGUGGAAAAAGUUUUAGUCAAAAACGGCAUUUAACUCGGCACAUGAUGAUUCACACUGGUGAAAAGCCGUUUUCAUGUGUGAACUGUGGAAAAAGUUUCAGUCAUAAACAGAGUUUAACUCAGCACAUGAGGAUUCACACUGGUGAAAAGCCGUUUUCAUGUGUGAACUGUGGAAAAAGUUUUAGUCAUAAACUUUGUUUAACUCAGCACAUGAGGAUUCACACUGGUGAAAAGCCGUUUUCAUGUGUGAACUGUGGAAAAAGUUUUAGUCAAAAACGGCAUUUAACUCGGCACAUGAUGAUUCACACUGGUGAAAAGCCAUUUUCAUGUGUGAACUGUGGAAAAAGUUUUAGUGAAAAAAAGGCAUUAACUCGGCACCUGAGGAUUCACACUGGUGAAAAGCCGUUUUCAUGUGUGAACUGUGGAAAAAGUUUUAGUGAAAAAAAGGCAUUAACUCGGCACCUGAGGAUUCACACUGGUGAAAAGCCGUUUUCAUGUGUGAACUGUGGAAAAUGUUUUCGUCAAAAACAGGAUUUAACUCGGCACAUGAUGAUUCACACUGGUGAAAAGCCGUUUUCAUGUGUGAACUGUGGAAAAUGUUUUAGUCAAAAACAGGAUUUAACUCGGCACAUGAUGAUUCACUCUGGUGAAAAGCCGUUUUCAUGUGUGAACUGUGGAAAAAGUUUUAGUGAAAAAAAGGCAUUAACUCGGCACCUGAGGAUUCACACUGGUGAAAAGCCGUUUUCAUGUGUGAACUGUGGAAAAAGUUUUAGUCAAAAACAGAAAUUAACUCGGCACAUGAUGAUUCACUCUGGUGAAAAGCCGUUUUCAUGUGUGAACUGUGGAAAAAGUUUUAGUCAAAAACAGCAUUUAACUCGGCACAUGAUGAUUCACACUGGUGAAAAGCCGUUUUCAUGUGUGAACUGUGGAAAAAGUUUUAGUCUAAAACAGAAAUUAACUCGGCACAUGAUGAUUCACUCUGGUGAAAAGCCGUUUUCAUGUGUGAACUGUGGAAAAAGUUUUAGUCAAAAACAGCAUUUAACUCAGCACAUGAUGAUUCACACUGGUGAAAAGCCGUUUUCAUGUGUGAACUGUGGAAAAAGUUUUAGUCAUAAACUUUGUUUAACUCGGCACAUGAUGAUUCACACUGGUGAAAAGCCGUUUUCAUGUGGGAAUUGUGGAAAAAGUUUUAGUCAAAAACAGAAUUUAACUGGGCACAUGAGGAUUCACACUGGUGAAAAGCCGUUUUCAUGUGUGAACUGUGGAAAAAGUUUUAGUGAAAAAAAGGCAUUAACUGGGCACAUGAGGAUUCACACUGGUGAAAAGCCGUUUUCAUGUGUGAACUGUGGAAAAAGUUUUAGUCAAAAACGGCAUUUAACUCGGCACAUGAUGAUUCACACUGGUGAAAAACCAUUUUCAUGUGUGAACUGUGGAAAAAGUUUUAGUGAAAAAAAGGCAUUAACUCGGCACAUGAGGAUUCACACUGGUGAAAAGCCGUUUUCAUGUGUGAACUGUGGAAAAAGUUUUAGUGAAAAAAAGGCAUUAACUCGGCACCUGAGGAUUCACACUGGUGAAAAGCCGUUUUCAUGUGUGAACUGUGGAAAAUGUUUUCGUCAAAAACAGGAUUUAACUAAGCACAUGAUGAUUCACACUGGUGAAAAGCCGUUUUCAUGUGUGAACUGUGGAAAAAGUUUUAGUCAUAAACUUUGUUUAACUCGGCACAUGAGGAUUCACACUGGUGAAAAGCCGUUUUCAUGUGUGAACUGUGGAAAAAGUUUUAGUCGUAAACAGCAUUUAACUCAACACAUGAUGAUUCACACUGGUGAAAAGCCGUUUUCAUGUGGGAAUUGUGGAAAAAGGUUUAGUCAAAAACAGGAUUUAACUCGGCACAUGAAGAUUCACACUGGUGAAAAGUCUUAAAAGUUCACUAUAAAUGUCAUUGUAAUAAAAAUGUGUUAUUUACUGGAGGGUUUACAUCUAUAAAGUGGUGGAAAUUUUUUAAUUAAGUUGUUAAAUGUGAUAUUUAUUUGCACCAAGGAUGUGUGUUUGUAGCAGUAGGAAGCAGGCCGAUUUGAGAAGCAAAAUGCCUGAAGCCGCAGCUACACUGAUAGCUUGACUAGACGAAAUAUGCCAGUCAGAAAGAAAAUGUUAUCACCUUAGCAGGAGAAUGGAUCAAAGACUAGAAGUCCUGAGAAACUCUAGUUUUGUAGCCCAGAGAAACAAGAAACAAGAGAAAAGUUUUUAUAACCUCAAGAAAUUGACAGACAGGAUCUUCAAGACCUACGAAAAUGUGCUUGGAAGACAACAGCUGCAUGGAUGCAGGAUGACAACAUUGUUUGAGCAGAGACUUGUGACUGAAAUCUGGUCUCCUUCUAUGCAAAUGAUUUGUAAGCAACGCCUCAAUGUAAUAAAUGUUGAGUUGUAUGAGAGCACGUUAGAACUGGCCUGGAGACGGAGAUAGCAGACGUCCUGAAGCUGGCUCUCCAUUCAAUUCUAUUGCAUUUAAAACUUCAACUGUAUCUCUUUCGUCAUAUUGUGAAAUGUUUGAUAAAUGUUUUGUGUUCAGAUCCAACAGUUUCCUUGAGAGAUUUUCUUGCUGUUGUUUUGUAAUUGUUUUGCUUACAAAUAUAUUCAUGCCUUACAAUAAGUAAUUAUCUUGUUUGGAUUAAAAACAUUUAAUCAUUCUUA